CCAAAUACUCAGCAAGUGCGGGUCUAAGACAAUGGCCCCGUCGGAGGAGGCUGGGGAGCCGCCGGCGCGCGCCUCUGGGCCCUUGGGUUAGUCUGCCGCCGAGCGCCACAAAGCUGAGCCGCUCUCCCCGGAGCUCCGCGGCGCGGCCGAGCCCGGGGAGGGGGUGGGGGCCACAGGCGCGCGCGUGGGGCCCAGGACGCGCCGUCCGGCCGGUGCGCUAUUGGCAGUGAUAUUGUUCCCGGCUCGCGCAGAAGUCCCGCACCGCGCAAAGCCUCGCGGAUCCCGGGGUGGCCAGCCGUCCCCACGCGGACCGCCGCCGCGCCUACGUGUUGGUGGCCUGUGGGUCCAAUCCCGGCGGUCCUGACAGGCGAGCGUUGCUCAGUUACUCAAGGUGCCUGGAGAUUCGAGAACGAGAGGAGGGAAAGGAGGUCGAAUAUUAGGCCACAGAGAACUUGUGCAAAGUGGGCCGGGGCCAGGUUGGUCGCCUACGCAACAGAAGAAUUGUUUCUUGUUAAACGGGAUGGCGCCUUAGCGACGGGCACUGAUGAGCCCGACCUAGAGACGUCUGCCUCUACCCGCUUUCCACCUGGAACUCCAAAAUCCAGAGCCGCCAACGCACCCCUAGAGCCUGCUUUGAGGCCCCUGGACCACAACGGCGGGAAGGCACUCUGGUCUACAGGCUCCCGGCUCAAAACAAGGCCCGACCUGGCUCCGUGGGCCUGCAGAGAGCUGGAUUGAAAGAUGUCUCAACGAAAGUGAAAACAAGCGUUAUUCCAACCACACAUCUCUGGGGAAUGUUUCUAAUGAUGAAAAUGAGGAAAAAGAAAAUAACAGAGCAUCCAAGCCCCACUCCACUCCUGCUACUCUGCAAUGGCUGGAGGAGAACUACGAGAUUGCAGAAGGAGUGUGCAUCCCCCGCAGCGCCCUCUACAUGCAUUACCUGGAUUUUUGUGAGAAGAAUGACACCCAGCCUGUUAAUGCUGCCAGCUUUGGGAAGAUCAUAAGGCAGCAGUUUCCUCAGUUAACCACCAGGAGACUCGGGACCCGCGGACAGUCAAAGUACCAUUACUAUGGCAUUGCAGUGAAGGAAAGUUCCCAAUAUUAUGAUGUGAUGUAUUCCAAGAAAGGAGCCGCCUGGGUGAGCGAGACAGGCAAGAAAGAAGUGAGCAAGCAGACGGUGGCGUAUUCACCCCGGUCCAAACUUGGAACAUUGCUGCCAGAAUUUCCGAAUGUCAAAGAUCUAAAUCUACCGGCCAGUCUGCCAGAGGAAAAGGUUUCUACCUUUAUUAUGAUGUACAGAACACACUGUCAGAGAAUACUGGACACUGUAAUAAGAGCCAACUUUGAUGAGGUUCAAAGUUUCCUUCUGCACUUUUGGCAAGGAAUGCCGCCCCACAUGCUGCCUGUGCUGGGCUCCUCCACGGUGGUGAACAUCGUCGGCGUGUGCGACUCUAUCCUCUACAAGGCUAUCUCCGGAGUGCUGAUGCCCACCGUACUGCAGGCGCUACCUGACAGCUUGACUCAGGUGAUCCGGAAGUUUGCUAAGCAGCUGGAUGAGUGGCUAAAAGUGGCUCUCCAUGACCUCCCAGAAAAUUUGCGAAACAUCAAGUUUGAAUUGUCAAGAAGAUUUUCCCAAAUCCUGAGACGGCAAACAUCACUAAAUCACCUUUGCCAGGCAUCUCGAACAGUGAUCCACAGUGCAGACAUCACGUUCCAAAUGCUGGAAGACUGGAGGAAUGUGGACCUCAACAGCAUUACCAAGCAAACCCUUUACACCAUGGAGGACACUCGUGAUGAGCACCGGAAGCUCAUCAUCCAGUUGUAUCAGGAAUUUGACCACCUCCUGGAGGAGCAGUCUCCCAUCGAGUCCUACAUUGAGUGGCUGGACACCAUGGUGGACCGGUGUGUUGUGAAGGUGGCUGCCAAGAGACAAGGAUCCCUGAAGAAGGUGGCCCAGCAGUUUCUCUUGAUGUGGUCCUGUUUUGGCACAAGGGUGAUCCGGGACAUGACCUUGCACAGUGCCCCCAGCUUCGGGUCUUUUCAUCUAAUUCACUUGAUGUUUGAUGACUACGUGCUCUACCUGUUAGAAUCGCUGCACUGCCAGGAGCGGGCCAACGAGCUCAUGCGAGCCAUGAAGGGAGAAGGAAGCACGGCAGAAGUCCGAGAAGAGAUAAUCCUGACAGAGGCUGCCCCGCCAACCCCUUCCCCUGUGCCAUCGUUUUCUCCGGCAAAGUCUGCCGCGUCAGUGGAAGUGCCGCCCCCCUCCUCCCCUGUCAGCAACCCAUCGCCUGAGUACACUGGCCUCAGCACUACAGGAGCAAUGCAGUCGUACACGUGGUCUCUAACGUACACGGUGACAACAGCAGCAGGGUCCCCGGCUGAAAACUCUCAACAGCUGCCCUGUAUGCGGAGCACGCACGUGCCUUCCUCUUCGGUCACACACAGGAUACCAGUUUAUCCCCACAGAGAGGAGCACGGAUACACGGGAAGCUAUAACUAUGGGAGCUAUGGCAACCAGCAUCCUCCCCCGAUGCAGAGCCAGUACCCAGCUCUCCCGCAUGACACAGCCAUCUCAGGACCGCUCCACUACUCCCCGUACCACAGGAGCUCUGCGCAGUACCCUUUUAAUAGCCCCACUUCCCGGAUGGAACCUUGUCUGAUGAGCAGUACUCCCAGACUGCAUCCUACCCCAGUCACCCCCCGAUGGCCAGAGGUGCCCACAGCCAACACGUGCUACACAAGCCCGUCUGUGCAUUCCACGAGGUAUGGAAACUCUAGUGACAUGUACACACCCCUGACCACGCGCAGGAAUUCUGAGUACGAGCACAUGCAACACUUUCCUGGCUUUGCUUACAUCAAUGGAGAGGCCUCCACAGGAUGGGCUAAGUGACUGCUUUCAUAGGAAUCCAUAUUUAAUAUUAAUAAUAAUAAUAAUAAUAAUAAUAAUAAACCCAUCACCCACCCACCCCCAGAAGACUUUAUCUCUCUACAUUGUAACUCCUGGACUAUUCCUAGGCAUCCACUUUCCUAAUGAACAUGAGGCUGGGAUUCAGUGCCGGAUGAAUAAACUUUAGUUCUGAAACAGGGCUCACUAAGAGUCAGUGAGAUUGGGUUCCCGUAUCCAAGCCAGACUUGACUGUUUGUACAGAGCACUAUCUCGGGCAGGCCGACCCGUGACAUUUCCCUCUGUUCCAUGACUUCUCAACCAC